CGUAUGCGUUUUAUUUUGUUUUUUUUUUUCUUUCUCUCAUUUAAAUGGUAAGCUUUUUUUACGGCAAUUUAGAUGGUAAGUUAAAAUUAUAUUUCACAGUUUAUAGUUGGCUAUAUUAUUUUAAAUUUGAAACUAUCUGAUGUCUAAAUUAAGCAUAGUUAUUAAUUUUAUUUUUCACUAGGAACUUUCUUAUUCAAUUCUAAGUAUUUUCUUUUUUGUUGUUUGUUGUGUUUUCCAGUGAGUAGUCUAUUUCUGAGAUCACAUGACGGUCGGAACUUCCUUGGCUGCUGAAUCAUUCAGUUUUUAUUUUAGCCAAAUUAGUCAAAAACGAUGAUUAACAAAGUUUCCCUCAUAUACUAUGCUUUUCCAAAUUGCUCCUUUUGCUAUCAAUUAAAGUCAGAAUUUCUGUAAAAGGAUAACAUGUAGAAUUUGCACCUAAAAAGAGAAAGAUAACAUUGAGUUUUUCAAUUUUAACCAUGUGCACUAUACAAUGACUUUAUUUCCUUCACCUUUUGACACAUAUUCUUAUCUGCAUUGUGUGGCAUAAUUAAAUAAAAUAAAAUUUGCAUUAUACAAGUGGUGGUAUGGAAAAGCUAGUUACCCACCUCUCUAGUCUCUGCACAUUGCACAGUCACUCUCUUUCUCUUUUUUUUAUUUUUCUUUAUUAAUUAUUCACUUUUGGGACACUACAAAUUGGCCUCCUCUCCCUCUCAUUAUCCUUCAUUCUUAUUUCCAAACACCUCUCUACUUCUUUGUUUCACAUCUCACAAAUAACCUCUUUGAUUUCUUCUAUCCUCUUUAAGCAAAUGGGAACUGUUGUGUAUCAACAAGGGUUUCAGUCAUCUCAGCUUGAUGAGCCUAGGGCUUUAAGGCUUAGGCUAUCUUCCCCAAACCCUCACAUCUCUCAACCCUUUGGUUUAGCUCUCAAGUCUCAUUUAUUUGACUCCUUUAAUGCAGAGGACACACGAACCUUUAAAGAUGACAAACCAGCUGCUUCUUCGGUUCCUGAAUCGAAUUGCUGGAGCUUUCUCCAGUCCUUGUCCUCUGGCUCUUCUUCAAAGACAACGAGCUCUGAAAAAGAGAAUACUUAUGUUCAACGUCCAUCUUCUUGUAGAACUCUAAGCGACGAGAGCUUAGCAUUGUGCACUGAAAAUCUCGGAAGCGAAACAGGCUCUGAUGUUACUGACGUUGAAGAUCUGUUCUUGCUUUCUUUAUCUGACGUGCAGACCAAGAAACUUGGGGAAACAAGAACGUUGAAGACUAGGAAAGAGAAUGUGAGCCCUAGUAAUCUCCCACCUCCGUUGACCAGUAUGAGAUGCAUUCAAAUGAGACCACACCGUGAAGAUGGAAGAUUGGUCAUGACUGCCACAAAGGCACCGCCUCGUAACAUGUGCUUUCAAGCUGACCGAAGCAACGGUCGUCUCCGACUCUCUAUAUUGAAAGACUCAGAUGAUGAAAUUGUAGAGGACGAAGAAGAGGCGACUAAGCAUGAAGAAACCGACGAGGAGGAGGAAGAAGAAGAAGAGGAUGUAUUAAAUGGUGAUGAAGUGAUGGAGACCGUUGAAAGAAUAAGAAGAUGUGUUGAAGGCGAUCGAGAAAACAGGGGAUUGCUAAAUUGGGAAUCUUUGUGCGUUGCUACUUCCUAAAAUAAGAAACUUCUAUUUGCUCUGUAUUCACAGUUUCACAAUUUUAUUUUAUUUUAAUGUAUUUUGUUUUUUUUUUUUAAUAGAAACAUCGCCGUUUCCUCA